UUCCUAGUUGGAUGUCCUCGGCGCAGAUGCAGCUUCGGGAAGGGACAUCUCGGCGCCGGCGACGGCGGCCGGCUGAGGACGUCGAUCACCAGUACGUGAGAUGUCAUCGACGGGAUAGGAUCUCUCUCUGGAUGGACUUCAUUCUGUAUGUGAUUUGCCCGUUCGUUAUUGGUGAUUGUCUACGGAAAAUCUUGCCGGAAAAUCAUUAGCCUCUUCAUUGAAUCUAUUGAUAGAAGAUUGCUGGAGAAUUUGUAAGUGCGACCGCAGAAAAAACGUCGGAAGUAACGUAUUGCACUUGUAUAUGUGUAUGUGCGCAUGUGUAUUACAAGAUGAAUUUGACGUGUGCAUACUAAAUUUUCGGGAAGAAGAACAGAGUUCGUCAGAAUGAUGUCAUCAAACAUUUCAAGAUGAAUCCGUCGAUGCUGCUGCAGCUAAUUCGGAAUUUUUCGAAAUGGUACGAGGGCAGCCUAUGUUUUUAUUGACGGGACGAGAAGGGCCAGCGAACGUUGCCAACUACCCAGACGAAUCGAUAAACCGGUGCAAGCUGUUGCAGCGGUGGAGAAUUUCCAAAGUCUAAUACGGAACAAACAGGAAGCGUUUCGCCGAUUUUCGCGGGGUGACAACCCGAUCGACGGUCAGGAUGAUGACUUGCUGGGUCCUCGUCGGGAUUUUUGCGGGCGUUGUACUCCUUUAUGGCCUCAUUGAACUUCACUAUUUCCUGCGCAUGUUCCUCACCGUUUUCCUCGCACGCUUCUGCAAGAAAAGAGUGCACAUUUUCGAUGAAACUGUGGUCUACGGGGUUUGCACUACCACUGAUGUGGAUGCUCUCUUGUAUCACAUGAACAACGCGAGGUAUCUUCGCGAGCUCGAUUUUGCGCGGGCCGAUUUCUUCGAAAGGACAGAUCUGUACAGAGAAGUUUGUUCCCAAGGAUCAGGCCUGGUGCAAGGAGCUGCUACUAUACGCUACAGGCGUUUCAUCAAGCCAUUAACGAUUUUUAAAAUAACGUCUAAGAUAAUUUAUUGGGACGAAAGGAGCUUAUUUAUGGAGCAUCGAUUUAUUACGCCGAGCGAUGGUUUCAUAAGAGCCAUCGCAAUUUGCAAGCAGAGACUUCUUGAUUGUAGCGCAGAGACCGUCAUUGGCGCACUAUUAAAUCGUACGGUAAAGCAGAAUGGAAAUGUCGAAGCAGGUGUGACGCAGGUGCCUCCUUGGCGACCCGAGAUACCUCCAGAACUGAGAAGGUGGAUGGAGAGCAACGAAAUAUCCUCGGCGAUGUUGAGGCAGGAUCCAAUCGCGAUGACGACGCAUUGCUGACAAAAAGACGCCGCGACGUCCAGCAACGGCGUCGCUGUGACACCGAUAUACACAACCACGACUGUGUAAUAAUCGACGGAGUGUUAAAUAUUCUUGAUCUUUCAUCAAUCAUCGGACGACAGAUGAUUUCCUUGCUGAUUUCCGGAAUGAAAUCGAUUAAUCUUAAUGAUUCUUGCGACUUUGAGUACUUAAUUACUCACAACAUAUUUACGGUACUACGAUAUUACAAUAUUAAGAUAAUUUAGUGCGUAAGAAUGUUCUGAAAAAAAGAAAUAACUAAAGUGAUCUACGAUGGGCCUGAUGUUCGGUGUAAUUGAAAAGAAAUAUAGUUAAUAAAAUCGCAGAGAGCGAUUAUUUCUUCUUCGUAUUUCUAUUAAAA